UUCUACCUUCGUACGUAAGUGAAGCUAUCAAACCAAAGAAAGAGCCGGUCCUCGAUAUUUUAGAUCAUACAGAAAGCACAAGAAAAAGAUGGACGCCAAUCAGAACGGUAACCAAAAUCCAACACACCUUUUCAAAGAUAUCCGCCCGUGGCUGCUGGAGAAGGAGCCGAACAAGCCAGCCAUUGCGUGCCCAGUAUGUAUCGAGCAAAUCAACCCAGGCCAGCACUGGGAAGAGACGGACAACAGCGAAAUGGACAACGAGAAAGAGGCAAUACUGCUAGUAUGUGGCCACAUUCUCUGCGAAGAUUGCUGGAGAGAGUUGAUCAGGCAGUGGCAUCACCGCCCAGUCGACCAACUGAACACGCCACCGAGAUGCCCAUGCUGCAGAGAGCAGUCAUGCUUCGAGCAAUGUGGGCAUGUGAUCCUGCAAACAACAUAUGUCAGUACAAGCGUCGACAAACGCAACUGGCGCGCUCUCCCACCAACAAUGACCGAAGAGGGAGGGAGGAAGCCGCAGAGCUGUAAUACCUGCCGUGGAGAACAACUGGUUAGGAUCGUGGAGCAUGCGGCAAGCCGGCUUGGGAUACCAUUUCCCAAGUUAGUUAGGGCUAGGGAGGACGAACCGAUAUUAGAACUUACUACAGAGGAGAGGGAAGCUCUUAUAGAGCUACGUGCCAUGUGGCGCGGUGAGCAGGACCGAUUCUGGUCCGAGGAGUGGGAGGUGCCUGGGUUGGGCUUGAUGGGGGUUAUCUAAAGAAGACAUCACAACACAACCCAAUAUCCGAGGGCUCACCACGCGACAGCUCCAUAGCCUCGCCU